AUCUCUUUUGUCUGAAAGAAGCCUGUGAAAGAAUCCUCUAGAAAGUAGGCAUAGAAUCUCCGGUAUCAAAAUCUUUACGUGAAAAUUUAAUUCGUUUUCCCGAAGUUAAAGUGAGUAUUUGCUGCAUUAUUUAUUAGUUUUCAGUGUGUUUAUUAAUACGGAGUGUUAUUUGAAACACAGCUGACAAAAUGUGUGACCGCAAGGCGGUGAUCAAAAAUGCUGACAUGAGCGAGGAGAUGCAGCAGGACGCUGUAGACUGCGCCACACAAGCACUGGAAAAAUUCAACAUCGAAAAGGACAUAGCCGCUUUCAUCAAGAAAGAGUUCGACAAGAAGUACAACCCCACGUGGCACUGCAUCGUGGGCCGCAACUUCGGCUCGUACGUGACGCACGAGACGCGCCACUUCAUCUACUUCUACCUCGGGCAGGUUGCCAUCCUGCUGUUCAAGAGCGGCUAGCCGCGCCCCGUCACGCUCCAAAUUUUUCGUUAGCCCCGGCCCGGUCGGCCGCCCCGGGCCCGCGGGCCGCGCCCAGCCGCCCGGGCCGGCCGCGCCCGCGAGUGACAUGUUUAUUUCCAACGCCGGACACCCCGCACUCAUGUAUGUUUGUAAUGUGUUAGCUAUACUUAAGGUUCAAUAUUGACUUGGGUAAACUUUCACUUCUUAGUGUAUUUAUAUUAAAAUUAAAUUUUAGUUAAUUAUUCCUAGACUUAUACCUAGCAUAGCGUAAAAGUCAUAUGUUAGUACCUAACUAAAUUUAUUGUUUAAUUUUUCUUUGUUAAUACAUUCACUGGAGAUAUUUUCAAUACUUCUAUAAUUAUUAAACUUUCUUACAAACCAUG